UUAGUUCAGCCUGUUCAUUCAAAAGUUGGAAGGAUAAACUUAUGGACUAUGACUAAGUGUUGUAUAGUUCCGAAUUGUAAUGCAACAAGCCGAGAUUUUGGAACAUUUUUAUUCUCUUUUCCGAAGGCAGAAGAUUUACGUCGACAAUGGAUCAAAGCACUAGGCAAACCAGAUGAUUGGUCCGUGCCGGAAAUGGCUUAUGUUUGUUGGGCACAUUUUGAAAACAAAGCAAUUCUGCAAGAGGAAAAUACAUUCCGACGUUCAACAGAUGCUGUUCCCGUGCAGUUUUUAGAAAAAAAUAUGCACGAAACUGGCGAUUCGGAGCAGUUUUGUAGAUUUUGUGCAAAAAAGAUAUUUAGAGAGCUAUUGAGUAACAACCUGAACGAUAUGAAUUGUUCAGAAGACUCCAGAAAACUACUGUGCUUUCUACUUCCUGAGUCUGACGCCUUAAAUCUUUCACAUAUGGCAUGUGAUGAUUGCUUUAUUUUUCUUAAACUGGCGACAAAGUUUAUAAGGAAUUGCAAAAAAGCUACUGAGCAACUAGCGAAAAUCUCAAAUUCCGAAAAGAAUUACCAGCACAAAUUGGAAUGUGAGUUUGGCAUACCAAGUGUCAAUACUGAAUCUGAUAUCAGUAUGGAAGGGUCUAGCGCAGAAGAGUUUUAUGAGCAAAAUAUGACUGAUACCGAUGUAGACGGUGUUCCUCUAGUGAAUCAAAUCGAACAAAACUCGGAACGCAACGAUUUAAAUAAUUGUACAGAACAAAACGAAAUUUCUAGCCAUACCAAAAAACAUCGGAAUAUCAGAAAAUCUGUUGAAAGAAAGCCCUUUGCCUGUCCAAAUUGCCUCUUCAGCUGUAGUAAACCAAAUCAACUUGCAAGUCAUCGAAAAAAACAUAAGCUUUGCAAUCUGGAUGCUGCAGAAUCGGUAAGCUCAAACGAUAUAACUUUCAAAGGCCAAUACGUGCAGCCGCGGCUCGAAACCAUUAUCGAACAAACGCAAGACGUGAAACCUCUCACCGAAGAUUUCAAUUCUACUCAUGUAACAAACAUUAGUAAUCGCCUCCAGUGUCCAAAUUGUCCAUAUACAUGUGAACGGAUUAUUCAACUUGCUAGUCAUAGAAAAAAACAUAGUAGUAAACGAACGAAAGAUGACAAUAAGCUAGAUAUGGUGAAAGAUUUUUAUGAAUGCGAAUUCUGCGAUUUUCGAUGCAAGCUUCAAAGGCAGAUGGCUGGCCAUCGCGCAUCUCAUUCUAGCCAAAUCAAAAAAUCCAAACCAUCAGGAAAGGAACGAGAUCACAUGUGCUCCAUCUGUGGCAAGAUAUUGUCAACACGUGGAUCUUUUUUCCUUCAUAUGAAGUAUCACAACGAUCAGCGCGAUUACUCUUGUACCGUAUGUGAUCGAAAAUUCUAUUCCAAACGCGAUGUGGCAAUGCACGUGGAAUCGUUCCACGAAAAAAAAGUAUUUGAAUGCGAAAUAUGUGGUGUUAAGUGCACGUGGAAGAACGCCUUGUACAAACAUAUGCGUAAACAUGACUCCAGUUCCUUCAAGCAUGAGUGUUCCUACUGUGGAAAAAAGUUCAUGGCAGCAAAUGAGUUACGACUACACGUUUGGCGUCAUACUGGGCAGCAACUCACGUGUGACCUUUGUGGUGCUGGAUAUAGAUUUAAUUUUUUACUCACACAACACAAAAUCCGCGAACAUGGAAUACAAGUCGAAGGCGUCAAACUGUACAAACGUUUCCGGAAGAACAAGAAACAAAUCGAAAGUCGAGAACGAACCGAAGUAAAGCAAUCCUCGAAUGGUUGUCACAGUGGCGACGCGCACUCAUGUGUCAUCGAUAGUAACAUAAGCAAUUAUCAACAUCACCUGCCAGAGUCAUCAUUUCAAUCACCAGUGGAACAAAAUUCUGCCAACUCAAGUUUUCGAACAAGUUAAUGGUUUUCAAAAUGUUUGAAAUAAAGAUAAUUUUCCAUUUAA